AUGAGCAAGAGCCUUGGCAUCGUUACGGUGCUGCCCACGACGAGCAAACCGGACCCAACUGUCCUAAUCACGCCUGUGACACCAAUCGACAUCAAGGUCAAUGCUGCGACAACGACGGUGACGACCGUCUCUUCAGCAGGCGUCUCAACGCCGAGCCUCCGGGCGCGCAUAAUGAGAACGUCGCAGCGCAUCAGCGAGCUUUUUGAUAACCCAACUUACAUUGCUUGGGGCUUCGUCUUGUGUGGGCUGUCCUUUCUGAUUUUGACAAUCUGCCUGGCUGCCAACGCGCUGAAAUCGGAUGCCAGCAAGAAUUUAUCCCUCAACUGGUAUCGCAUCUCGUUGCCAUUGACACAGAAGCCGUGCAACUCCAUUCAGUGGCCGUUGCGCUUCAUUUCGCUCGGCCUCAACAUGUUUGGAACCUUCAUUAUGAUGCUCUCUGGGCGUGUUCAACAGCUCUGUACUAGUCCAACCAUGAAUGAUAUCGAGCACGAGCUGCAAACGCCCGGUUCGUCACUGCCGUUCUGUACCAACUCCGUGUUCGCCAUGUUUCAUCGCAAACAUCGGCCGGCCAUCUUUGUGUGGUUCAUUAUGGCUGUGACUAGUUUGCCAAUGCAUCUGCUGCUCAACGCCAUCUUUGGGGAAUCCUUAGAGUUUCGUUCACGCAAGGAUCUUGCAUCACAAAUCUCAACAGGAACUUGUUUGAUUGUCAUCAGGCCAUGGGUCUCGUUUGUUGUCUCCAUCAUCAUCCUUGUCAAAGCGGCCGUCAUUCUCCUGGUAGCUCGCAAGCACUGGCGCCUCAAACGAUAUAAUUUCAUGGGCGACUUCCUAGUCAUUGUGCCUGGCCAGCCGCACCUCGUGCCGGAUGAGGGCUGUCUGGUGGACCGCAAAGGAUCAAAGACCAUUAUCAAGGCUGACCCAGACAAGACCAAGCGAAUCAUUCAUUUCCUCACUUGGCUCGAGGUCGGACCACUCAUCAUCAUGGCCAUUUGCUAUGGUGCACUCGUCGCCGACCUUGAAGCACUCUAUAGUGCGCCUCGUGGUGAGACGCUUGGAGCCCAAAUCUGGGUCAUCAUCGCAGCCAAUAUCCCUCAGUUCAUCUUCUCCGUCUUCUUUGCCUUUGGCACCGAAUUGCUCGUCAAGAUUGCACUGGAAUUUGAGUGGCGCUCCUAUGCUCGCAAAGUCAAGAAGCCGCGCACGGCCGAGAGCCAUCUUGCAGGGACGAGACCAUUGAGAUUUAUGGAAUUGACGUACCUCAUGACGUUCAUGCUCUUCGCCACGGGUGUGCUUGCGCAUUUUGCUAUUUCGCAAAAGCAAGACAUUGCACAAGUCUUGGUCCGACCCAACAUCAUUAUCCUGGGCUUCACAUAUGGUUCGCAAAAGGAUGCUUGGGGCUACGUGACCUACACGAUUCCAAUUUGCGUUGUCGGUUUCAUUCUUGGUGCUUGGUGGUGGCCCUUGAAGGGCAAACAGCCCGUCAUCUUCCGGUAA